AGGAACACUACCAUCAGUUUCGCGAUGAAGCACGUGGCCGUCUUACUCUGCAUAUUUGGAUUGGCAGCCGUAUGCCAGGCGACAACUACUGCUACUGCAACUACUGACGCAACCACCGUAACUACAGUUGCCGCAACUACCAGGUCGGUUCCUGGUGGUCCCAAUACGGCGACAACUACAGCAGGUUCCGGUACCACCGCCUCCGGCACUGCAGCUGGAGGUACUGCCGCCGGCGGAGUAGUUACUACUGACGCUGGUACUGGAGCGGGAGCAACAACGGCCUCCACUGUGUCGUGCCUGAACUGUACUGGGGACGACACCAGUGCUUGUGGAACAGGUACCGGCAUCACAACCAAAGUGGACUGUGACGCAUGCUGGGUGUACCGUGAGGAAAACGCAUCUGGUAACGUUACCAUCACCCGUGGAUGUGCACAAAGCAGUGACACAUGCACUACUCAAACUCAGUCCGAGUAUUGCACCACAGCAGGCGGCAUCACUACGUGCCGGCAGUGUUGUACGACGGCCGACUGCAACGGAAGCGGCCUUACGCUCACAGGCAACAGUGGCGCGGGUGACGUCACCGCUAGCGUUGUCGUCACCAUGGCGACCGCGCUGUUCGCCAUCUUGGCGCUGUGGCAGUGACGUCAUCAAAACGUGUGUGGUGUUGAUGACGCAACGCAAGUUGUGAUGACAUCACUACUACGUGUGGGAACGUCCACGGGUCACGUGAUGACUUAGGUCUGACGGCCGUCGACGUGGACGAUUUCUGCCAAAAUUUACAUACCUUUUGAGACAGUCUUACAAGUGUCUGCUAAAAAAUGUUAUUCAAGUGACAAAGCGAUCGGUUUCUACUUCCUGGAGGCAAGUCGUCUCUGAUGCUGAGGUCACAUUUCCAAACCGGGGCCCGGCCGGGUAGCUUUUGGGAUCGAAAAGUACGAUAUAAAAGUCAACAAAACACAGA